AUGUUUGACGGAGAGUUGGGCGCAGAGUCUUGGGCUGCCACUGGUGAUGUGGUGAUCAGCAAAACCUUCCUUGAUGUCCGAGUGGAUGAUGCCAAAAGCUUGGCACGCAGGAAUUCUUGGCCGUGCUUCCAGCCACCCCAGGUCGAGGCUUUCAAAGUGACAGACCUUCAAGCACUGAAGAGCGUGUGGUUUGAGGAGCAGAAGGAGAAGUCUCUGGCUAAGAAGGAAGCCUCGCACCGAGAGGGCCGGUGCUUUCCAUGUCUUUUCUUCACACGCAAAGGAGACGGCUGUCGUCAAGGAGACAGCUGUACACAUUGCCACAUUUGCACCAUUGGCGAAGCACGCCGCAGGCGGAACCGCAUCUCCCUGGAGAUGCGCAAGGCGAAGCGUCAAGCUAGGCUUUGUGUCCACAAACGCGGGGACGCCGGCAGAGUCCGAGCGAUUCCGCGGGUUGCAGAGCGCCGUCGGCCCUUUGGUGGCCCGGACCCACCAGAGGCAGGUCAAUGGGCUGAAGGCUUGGGGACCCCCAAGGUUAUCCAUCCGUUCUGGCUUCGCUUGUCGGAGGUACAAAGAGAUGCAUGCUUGGGCGGUAUUUGCCGUGACACCGGUCGAAUUUGCACGGCCAAACGGAUCUCCUUACGCGGACUCCACGGACAAUCAACUUCCUGUGACGACCGCUUCCACGGCAUCAACGGUGGUUUGGUGCCCUAUUUUUGGAUGCACUCGUAUUUGGAAGAAAAGCGUGCGGCUUUUAUUAAAUGCCACAUGCAGCGCAUGCAGCAUCCCAAUAGCCGCUUUGGCAAAUGGGAAGCACAGUACGGUUUGGUGCCUGUGUUUUCAAAAGAAGAGGACUGGCUGGCUGGAGGAGUGCGGAGACAGCAGACAGUCCUCAUAGCGAAAGGACGCUGGCCCAGCGGGUCGAAGAAUUGGACCAGAGAUGACCAGAUUUCAGGCUUCCAGCAG